GGAGAUAAAUCCGGAGGAUUGCAGGCUGCAGUUGGUCAGCUCGCUCCCCUCCCGACUCCGACGAGCGACGGCGGCGUCUGCCCUUUCUUUCCCUUCUUCUCCUCCUACUGCCAGUCAGCAUCGCGUCUGCUCUUCUGAUUACUCAGACUAGAAUGUUUUGCUUGAGAAACUACUGGUCGCCUGCAUUUACUUUAGGACGGGAAGGGGCUCCUGUUGGACGUCCUCUAAAGUUCAAUUCUUUAGUGGUUUGUGGCGCCAGGGGUCCCAGACCGAGAUAUCCCCGUGUGUGGAGAACUAGUAAGAAAAUAGGGACUAUUUCGAAGUCGCAGAAGCUUGUCCAAUGUAUCAAAGAUUUGUCGAAUGUAAAGGAGGAAGUUUAUGGCGCGCUUGACUCAUUUGUUGCAUGGGAACUGGAGUUUCCAUUGAUAGUAGUAAAGAAGGCACUGAAGACACUUGAAGAUGGAAGGGAAUGGAAACGAAUAAUUCAGGUUAUUAAGUGGAUGUUCAACAAAGGUCAAGGGAAGACAAUGGGAAGCUAUUACACUUUGUUGAAUGCUUUAAUUGAGGAUGGACGAGUUGAGGAAGCAGAAGAGUUAUUUGGAAAGAUAUUCUCACGAUAUAUGGAGGGUUUGCCUCGUACUUUCUUCAUGAGAAUGAUCUCUUUGUAUUACAAUUUGGGAUCAUAUGAUAAGAUGUUUGAGGUUUUUGCUGAUAUGGAAGAGCUGGGUGUUAGACCUGAGGGUUCAAUUAUCAGGAUGCUAAGUGAUGUAUUUCAGAAGUUAGGGAUGAUGGACAAAUACGAAAAGUUAAAGAAGAAAUAUCCACCACCAAAAUGGGAAUAUCGAUACAUCAAAGGCAAGCGCAUCAGAAUGAGGGUUUACCCGGGCAAUAAAACUGAAGAGGCGACAAAAGGAGACCCUGACGAAGAUGAACUGGAAGAGGCAGAAAGUAUACACAUUGACAAUGAACUGGAAGAAGCAGGAAGCACAGGCCUGGACAGGAAUGUACUGGACGAUGCAGCUUCUGGAGACCUUGAAUAUGUAUAGAUCAGGUCUUGCAUUUGGUAUUUUUCAUGCCUGCUGUUCAAAGCAGGCAACAGCAAAAUGAACUGUGCUGCAACUUGAGAUAGUGGGGAUACCUAGUUUGCUACUACUGCCAUAUCUGGAAUGGAAAAGCAACUCUCGCCUUCAAUGCCUGUCCAGCAAUUUAACAUCGCAUAUUCUUCAAAUGAUCUGGCAAUUUGAUUCGAGGACAAGCUUAUUUGGUUGCUUCAGAAAGAAACUGUGGCUGAUUCUUAAAUAUGAUUUCCUGGACGCAAGACAGGACCAUUGAUGGCUUGGCAAGAGUUCUGCAUGUGUGUUACAAAGGGAUAGAGCUUAUGAAUGUGUUGGUUUAGCUAGUUGUCCGUUGCUGAGAGAUCGAUGGAGCCGUACGUCCUCGUUACCAUCACGUAUGGUCGUAUUGUUCAUCCAUUUCAGCAUGAAAAAGACAUGAUUGUUAGCACAGAGACUUGUGUUGUUUUUGUACCGCUAUGAAUACCUCUCUGGACUCCUUGCACAAGAAAGUAGAAGCCUUCACAGA